AUGUCCUCAAUUUCGAGCAUGGCGAGGUUCAGAAAUCCAGCAAAGUCCUCUAGAGGUCCAGGAUUUUCCAGCACACUCAAGAGGACCAGCAGCCUUGGCAGUCUGAACAAACGAAGCUCUGCCAACUUAGCUCCCUCCUUCAAUGCUUCCAAAACUGGACCAACCAUGUCUCAAGAUUACAGCAAUCUUGAAGCCGAGUACAUCAAGAACUUACAGCAGCAGAUCUACUUUCUGGAACUGGAGGCCAACUUUCUGCGGGACCAUGCCAGGAAGGCUACCACCCUGCAGCCCAGGAUGACAGAAGAGGCAAGCAGGAUGCUAGACGCACUCAAGGAAUUGCAAGCCGAUGUGGACAGCAUGCACCUAGACAUCAAGCGUAAGGAAUCCAACCUGGACAUGGUGAACACGGAGAAGGAACGACUGGACGGAAGACUCAGACUGCUUCAGGAUACCCACAACCGAGAGAAGAAACUACUGGUGGAGGAAAUCGUCCAGCUCAAGAAGCAGAACGAGAUGACGAUGAGGGAGAUUGCGCAGAAAGAGGAGCAGAUCUUUGACGCGAGGAAGGAACUGGACAGAGGAAGCACGUCGCUGACGAGCGCGGAGCAGAAAAUCCGGAUUCUGACUGCACAGGUUGACCAGAAGUCAGAUGAGUUGAGACACACCCAGUUGGCGUUGGAAGACAAGCGGACUGAUCUUCUGAAGGUGCAGACUCAGUUGCAGGAGAUGGAGGAUCGAUAUUACUCCAGCACGGCGUCCAUACAGGACAAGGCAGUAGAAGAAUUCAGGAAUGAGAUUCGUUUGAUGCAGCAUAAGAUGAAGGAGACGGAACUAAAUGCCCAGCAAGAUCGCUACUUGAAGAACAAGAUGUCUGACGACAUUGCCAGCUUAGUCAAAGAGAACGCGAUGAUGGGGACCCAGGUGUUGGAACUGCAGAAACAGCUGGACAGGGAGAGAACCUUGAGAGAGAGUCGGGACACCAGACACGCCUCCAACAUCACCGAGCUGGUGACAGUGCGCGACAAGGAGAAGCACCUCAAGUACGACUUGGACAAGACCAAAGAAGAGUUGAAGUACGAACGGGACCGGGUGCAACACCUCAUGAACCAGUUGGCCAAGCAGGAGCAGGAGCAGACAACGUCUAGCCUGAGCCAGAACACCCUGCGCAGCAGGCUGGCUGAGCUGGAAGGCAGGCUGUCUGGGGUGGAGGUGGAGAACACUCAGCUGCGUAGGGAUAAGAUGCUGCUGGUGGACCACGUCUCUGAGCUACAGAAACAGGUUUCAGAGCGAGAGCAUGAGACCACACGGAUGCAGAACCACCUGCACACCAUGGAGGGAACCCUGGCCAACCUGGACCGCCGAAACAAGCAUGAGAGCACCAUACAGAGCCAGAAAUGGGGGGAGUUUGAAAAGAUGGCCGAGAGCAUGAAGAAUCUGUCCAAGAGCAUGACGGCACGGUCAGUGACACCGGAGUAUUGAGGGAGGAGCUUAUUGAUGAAAGGGGAGGGGACUAUUGGGGCGGGGUUGAGGGGUGUAUAUCAAGCAGCCAAGUAUUUACUAGUACCUAAAGAGCCAGAAAAGGGGGGAGUUUGAAAAGAUGGCCGAGAGCAUGAAGAUCUGUCAAAGAGCAUGACGGCACGGUCAGUGACACCGGAGUAUUGAGGGAGGAGCUUAUUGAUGAAAGGGGAGGGGACUAUUGGGGCGGGGGUUGAGGGGUGUAUAUCAGGCAGCCAAGUAUUACUAGUACCCUAAAGAGCCAGAAAUGGAGGGGGGGGGGGUUUGAAAAGAUGGCUCAGAGCAUGAAGAUUUUGUCAAAGAACAGGAUGGUGCAGUCGCUGACACCGGAGUAUUGAGGGAGGAGCUUAUUGAUGAAAGGGGAGGGGACUAUUGGGGAGGGGGUCGAGGGUUGUACAUCAAGCAGCCAAGUAUUACUAGUACCCAGAGCCAAAAAUGGGGGAGUUUGAACAGAUUGCUCAGAGCAUGAAGAACCUUUCUAAGAACAUGACGGCGGAGUAUUGAGGAAGAGGCCAAUUGUGGGGAGGGACUAAUUGGGGGAGGGGCCAACUUGGGUGGGGAGGGGUGUUGGAGAUCCUGGCAUUAGAAAAAAAGGACAGAGCCAGUGAUAGGGGAGUUUGAAAAGAUGGCUGAUGGCAUGAACUACAUGUAGCAAAAUAAAGAGCAUGAGGGCACGGUCAGGGUACUGAGAGAAUUAAGGGGAGGGGCCUUUUGGGGAGGGGCAAAUUGGGGGAGGAGCUUAAUGGAAGGAGGGGUCUUAAUGGAAGGAGGCUGAUGGCAUGAUUUACAUGUAGCAAAAUAAAGAGCAUGAUGGCACGGUCAGGGUACUGAGAGAA